AUGUCGAGGAGGAGACAUACGACGUCACGUGGGAAGGCUUCCAGCUGUGGAUUUGGACGGCCCUUGAAGCCAACCUUGCCAUUGUCUGCGGCUGUAUACCUGUUCUACGGCGCCUGCUGCCUUCUUUCUCGGCUACAUUCACUAGCUCUGGUCAACCAACCAUUGGCUCGGCAAAGAAGUCGCAGCAAAGGCAUGGCGACUUAA